CAUGCUGAUUAAGAUUAUUGGAAAUUCAGUUGGUGCCCUGGGCAACCUGACCCUGGUGCUGGCCAUCAUUGUCUUCAUCUUUGCUGUGGUGGGGAUGCAGCUCUUUGGAAAGAGCUACAAAGAGUGUGUCUGCAAGAUCAACCAGGACUGCGAACUCCCUCGGUGGCACAUGCAUGACUUUUUUCAUUCCUUCCUCAUUGUCUUUCGAGUGUUGUGCGGGGAGUGGAUCGAGACCAUGUGGGACUGCAUGGAGGUGGCAGGCCAGGCCAUGUGCCUCAUCGUCUUCAUGAUGGUCAUGGUCAUUGGCAACUUGGUGGUGCUGAACCUGUUCCUGGCCUUGCUCCUAAGCUCCUUCAGUGCAGACAAUCUGGCAGCCACGGAUGAUGACGGGGAAAUGAACAACCUGCAGAUCUCAGUCAUCCGUAUCAAGAAGGGCGUGGCUUGGACCAAAGUGAAAGUGCACGCCUUCAUGCAGGCCCACUUCAAGCAGCGCGAGGCCGAUGAAGUGAAACCUCUGGACGAGAUGUAUGAUAAGAAGGCCAACUGCAUCGCCAACCACACCGGUGCAGACAUCCACCGGAAUGGUGACUUCCAGAAGAAUGGCAAUGGCACCACCAGCGGCAUCGGCAGCAGCGUGGAGAAGUACAUUAUUGAUGAGGACCACAUGUCCUUCAUCAACAAUCCUAACCUAACCGUGCGGGUGCCCAUUGCCGUAGGCGAGUCCGAUUUUGAGAACGUCAACACAGAGGACGUUAGCAGCGAAUCAGAUCCUGACGGCAGCAAAGAUAAACUGGAUGAUACUAGCUCCUCUGAAGGAAGUACCAUUGAUAUCAAGCCGGAAGUAGAAGAGGUCCCAGUGGAACAGCCUGAGGAAUACUUGGACCCAGAAGCUUGCUUCACAGAAGGUUGUGUCCGGCGAUUCAAGUGCUGCACUGUGAACAUCGAAGAAGGCCUGGGCAAGUCCUGGUGGAUCCUGCGGAAAACGUGCUUCCUCAUUGUGGAGCACAAUUGGUUUGAGACCUUCAUCAUCUUCAUGAUUCUGCUCAGCAGUGGCGCCCUGGCCUUCGAGGACAUCUACAUUGAGCAGAGGAGGACCAUCCGGACCGUGCUGGAGUACGCCGACAAAGUCUUCACCUACAUCUUCAUCCUGGAGAUGCUGCUCAAGUGGACAGCCUACGGUUUCGUCAAGUUCUUCACCAAUGCCUGGUGCUGGCUGGACUUCCUCAUUGUGGCUGUCUCUUUAGUCAGCCUUGUAGCUAAUGCCCUGGGCUACUCGGAACUAGGUGCCAUAAAGUCCCUUAGGACCCUAAGAGCUUUGAGACCCUUAAGAGCCUUAUCACGAUUUGAAGGGAUGAGGGUGGUGGUGAAUGCCUUGGUGGGCGCCAUCCCCUCCAUCAUGAAUGUGCUGCUGGUGUGUCUCAUCUUCUGGCUGAUUUUCAGCAUCAUGGGAGUUAACCUGUUUGCGGGAAAGUACCACUACUGCUUUAAUGAGACUUCUGAAGAACGAUUUGAAAUUGAAAUUGUCAACAAUAAAACUGAUUGUGAAAAGCUCAUGGAGGGGAACAAUACAGAAAUCAGAUGGAAGAACGUGAAGAUCAACUUUGACAACGUUGGGGCAGGAUACCUGGCGCUUCUUCAGGUGGCAACCUUCAAAGGCUGGAUGGACAUCAUGUACGCAGCUGUGGAUUCCCGAAAGCCUGAAGAGCAGCCUAAGUAUGAGGACAACAUCUACAUGUACAUCUACUUUGUCAUCUUCAUCAUCUUCGGCUCCUUCUUCACCCUGAACCUGUUCAUUGGUGUCAUCAUUGAUAACUUCAAUCAACAAAAGAAAAAGUUUGGAGGUCAGGACAUCUUCAUGACUGAGGAACAGAAGAAGUACUACAAUGCCAUGAAAAAGCUGGGCUCGAAGAAACCACAGAAACCCAUCCCCCGCCCCCUGAACAAAAUCCAAGGUAUCGUCUUUGAUUUUGUCACUCAACAAGCCUUUGACAUUGUUAUCAUGAUGCUCAUCUGCCUUAACAUGGUGACGAUGAUGGUGGAGACAGACACUCAGAGCAAGCAGAUGGAGAACAUCCUCUACUGGAUCAACCUGGUCUUCGUCAUCUUCUUCACCUGUGAGUGUGUGCUCAAAAUGUUUGCCCUGAGGCACUACUACUUCACCAUCGGCUGGAACAUCUUCGACUUCGUGGUAGUCAUCCUCUCCAUUGUGGGAAUGUUCCUGGCGGAUAUAAUUGAGAAAUACUUUGUUUCCCCAACCCUAUUCCGAGUCAUCCGAUUGGCCCGUAUUGGGCGCAUCUUGCGUCUGAUCAAAGGCGCCAAAGGGAUUCGGACCCUGCUCUUUGCCUUAAUGAUGUCCUUGCCUGCUCUGUUCAACAUCGGCCUUCUGCUCUUCCUGGUCAUGUUCAUCUUCUCCAUCUUUGGGAUGUCCAAUUUUGCGUAUGUGAAGCACGAGGCUGGCAUUGAUGACAUGUUCAACUUUGAGACAUUUGGCAAUAGCAUGAUCUGCCUGUUCCAGAUCACAACCUCCGCUGGGUGGGAUGGCCUGCUGCUGCCCAUCCUCAACCGCCCCCCUGACUGCAGUCUGGACAAGGAGCACCCCGGGAGUGGCUUUAAGGGAGACUGCGGGAACCCCUCAGUGGGCAUCUUCUUCUUCGUAAGCUACAUCAUCAUCUCCUUCCUAAUUGUGGUGAACAUGUACAUUGCCAUCAUCUUGGAGAACUUCAGUGUAGCCACCGAGGAAAGUGCAGACCCUCUGAGUGAGGACGACUUUGAGACCUUCUAUGAGAUCUGGGAGAAGUUCGACCCCGAUGCCACCCAGUUCAUCGAGUACUGUAAGCUGGCAGACUUCGCAGACGCCUUGGAGCAUCCUCUGCGAGUGCCCAAGCCCAACACCAUUGAGCUCAUUGCCAUGGAUCUGCCCAUGGUCAGCGGGGACCGCAUCCACUGCUUGGACAUCCUUUUUGCCUUCACCAAGCGGGUCCUGGGAGACAGCGGGGAGCUGGACAUCCUUCGACAGCAGAUGGAGGAGCGGUUCGUGGCGUCCAAUCCUUCCAAAGUGUCUUACGAGCCGAUCACGACCACACUGCGGCGCAAGCAGGAGGAGGUGUCGGCCGUGGUCCUGCAGCGCGCCUACCGGGGACAUUUAGCCAGGCGGGGCUUCAUUUGCAAAAAGACAGCUUCCAACAAGCUGGAGAACGGAGGCACACACCCCGAGAAGAAGGAGAGCACCCCGUCUACCGCCUCCCUCCCAUCCUACGACAGUGUGACUAAACCUGAGAAGGAGAAACAGCAGCGGGCAGAGGAAGGAAGACGGGAAAGAGCCAAAAGACAGAAAGAGGUCAGAGAAUCCAAGUGUUAGAGGAAGGCAAAAAUUUAAUAUUGUACAGACUCAAAAUGCGCAAGUGAAAGAUUGUUUACAAACUUCCUGAAUAUUAUCAGUGCAGAACAGCUAUGGAGACACUUUACCCUGACGAUCUAUACCAAACGUAGUCUGCUUACCAUGUAACAUGGUUGCAUCUUGAGCAGUGACCUGCCCAGGGCCAAGGACCCUGCCCCCUGACUCACAGAUUUUCUAACGCUUGGGCAGGUGGUUACUGCAUGUUCCACAUCAGUCAAUGCAACUUAGGACAAAACUAAACAGGACACAAAAAACAGAGGAGAGGCUGCCGGGACCAGCGUAUUUCCCUUGCAGCCAAAUGGAUCUUAUUUUUUCAUUCUGUUGAUUCUCAGAAGCAGAAAGCAUCACUUUAAAAAGUUCGUUUGUUCAUGCAAACUCUAUUUGCAUUCCUACAUUAGUUAAGCUAAGCAGCAAAAGAAAACACACAUACACACACACUCACACUCACAUGUAGCCCAUGUCAUUUAAUUGUCAGUUUCUUUGACAUCAACCGCAUCUUCUCCACAUGGGCUGCACGUGGUUUGGAGAUGGGUGGGGGCAAACUAUCAGGUUUCUUCAGGCUGAGGAGGACUUGCUCAGGCCGAUUCCAAACGUUGUGCUCGUUCAAUGCGUGGAAAUGAUUUGCAUGAUGGCAUGCCGUGAUCAGAAGUCAUGCAUGAGAACCAUACACCACAGGACGCUGCUCAUCCCGUCCCCUGCACUGGGUCAGCCUUCCAACAGGACCCAGCCCUGCACCGUUCACUGUAUUUGGGGAAAAAAAAUGGUAAGAGUUCCAUACCCACCAUAAUUCUUUAUGAAUUCUUAGAAGCCUUUCAUACACCUGAUAGGGAAACAUAACCAACCAAUUGACCACGUCCAACAAAAACAAACCCAAUCCAACAAGCAGAUGGAUCCGUGUGUGUAUAUGUUUAACAGACAUCUCUUACAGCCAUUGUUGCACAUUUUGAAAGAUGAACUGUUUAAUGCUGCUCUGUGUCCCGUACGUGGGGAAAUUUUGAUCUCAAAUGGCUUGUAUUAAUAAUGUCACUGUAAAACCAAAUCCUAGGGCUAAACACAAAAAUCAAAAGUUCAUCUGGAGAACUGACACUUCUUUGGGAUAGAGGUAAAAAUGCUAUUCAAAGUAGUAUGUUAUCUCUAGGGGGUAACUUGGGGAACUUACAACACCUUUCCUUGGGGGUGAAGGGGUGCUCACUUCAUCUGGUAUCACGCCCUUCUGCAUGUGGCUUCCUCUGGGCUUGGGUCCACAUGGAGAGGGUUCAGGCGGUCUGAACAGGCCUCCCUUCUGCAGAGGGGUUGUCCCAAGCUCACACACCGCAUGAUCCCUCUCACCUCCCUCACAUUUUCCACCGAGCAGGGCUUCCCUUGCCCACAGAGGUGGGUGAGGGCAGCAGCACUGGGGCUGUGGCUGUGGUUUCUUCACGUGCUGUUAGAAUAACUCCUCACUGGUGGGACCUGAGGUAGUGAUGGCACCUCCUCUGAACCAAGCCCGCUUGGUUUCUUUAUUGCACUGAUUCUCACGAGAAAACAACUUAUUUAUUCUUAAGAUGUUCCAGCUUCCCCCAGCGCAUCCCUUUCGGGCCAGUUUUGCUAUCUGCUUAGCAACCUGCUCAUUGCCAUUGGAGAGUGGCUUUUGGGGGGAGCGUCCUCUCUCUCAUUCCAUCUCCUGCUUUAGGGAAGACAGUUUUUAGUCGCCCAGGGGUUUCUUGUCCGAUGACUAGAUUUUAAAGCCAAGACGCUGCAGUUGAAUGUGCCAGGAAGUCUAUACAGAGACUGAGAGACUGUCGCUUGCUAACCAAAUCAAAAUGAAUUUUCCCUGAACCUUAUAACGGGGGGAAGAACCCAUAAUCAGACACACCAACCUGCCUUGCAGUAGACGCACUUUGGAUGUAUGUCCACCUGACUAGUUUUGCGUGGAGCAAACCACAGCGAGUCGGGAAGCAGAGCUUUCUGUCUCGCUGGACCAUUCGGUGCGGGCCAGCCCUCGUAAGCCUGCUUCUGUGGCACCACCGUGGAACUCCCGCACUACGCCCAACACGAGGCUGAAAAGGCAUCUCUUUAGGUGACCCUGCUAACCGCUAGGAUGAAUGCAUAGCAUCGUGUACAGGUCACAUCGUCAACAGCACAAAACAGGAGCUGACGUGUGUGGUUAUUCUUUUUAAGAGAAUUAUAAAUACUGUAAUAUAUCAUUUUAUUUUAUUGGCAUGCCUUUUUGUAAAUACAAAAUUAUUAACGUACUAAAUAGGAAAUGGCUUCUGGCUUAUGCCAUUGUCAUGUUUAUUUUUAUUUUUUAUACUUUCCUUUCUUUCUUAGAACUUAGAUGCUGUCAGCCAAUGUACAUCCCCAAACCAGACAGACAGACAAAAAAAUUUUUUAUUGCUAAUGGUCUUUUCCAAAACAACACAAAUAUAUAUUUUUGUUCCAAUGUGCAAUAAAUUCUAACCACUUCUAUGCAAGAUUUGGCUAAACUUCAUAACUGUUUCUUAGGAUUGAGAUGGGCAAGAGAGCUAUAAGGUCCCACUCACUACCCCAAGUGCUCGUGCUAACGAUACCGUUAAGCUAUUAGAACAUAUUCAUGAGUCUUUUCUGAUAUCUGACCCUUUCCCUCCCCCCAGACCCGGUCCCAGCCCAGCAGGCUAUCUCCUCAGGCACACGCGGGCCUUGGUAUCUGACACCCGUCAGCCAGCUUCACAGGAAAGAUGCCACCACCACUCUAUUUGAAGUUUCACUCUUUUUUUCUUCAGACUUUUCCCACCAUCUUUUUCCUCCCCACCGUCCCUCCACCCACCCACCACUCUCACUCACUCACCUGCCCUGCUCCACACUUCUUUGGUAGUAAAUGACACCAUCACCAGCAGUUUACACCCGCAGUUAACAGGCAUGGAACCAAGAGAAUCAGUGGUGACGUUUCUGUACGUCUUCACUGAGUGGGUAAGCGGCAACGCUUUGCCAAAUAUUAACGAAGCCAAUCAAAAAGCAGCAGCAGCCACAGUAUCACUGCACAUAUAUAUAUAUAUAGAUAUAUAAAUACAAUAUAAAUAUUUAUUUUUUGUAGCCAGGUCCUUGGUGCAGUAUUUAUACUCCACAAUCCACCUUUAAAAAAGGACAAAAAGCAAAAAGACAUGUGUGAUGCUGUUCAUUUAAAAUGCGGAGCCAAAGCCACUGAGCAGCAGCGGACACGGUUGCUGGUUUGUGUGGAAAAACACUUUCCCCCUCUUUCCUUGAUCUCUUUGUUACGUAGGAUGAGGAGACUCCACAAUCCAAAGCAGAGGGCGAGAGCAGGAACAAACGGGGGUCGGCGUGUCCAACUCCCACCCCUCGCCGAAUGGGCCUCUUUUGGCACCAGAAGUUGACCUGGGAGAGUUAAAUAGAAACUCCCAAUCAAAGCCCCUGGAACGACAGUGCCCAGAGUUCUUUUAUUUUCUGCCGCCACCAACGUAAACUUCUGCAAGACCAAUAGUGAAGAUUAGUGUAUUAGUGAAUGCAUGGGGGCCACCACUGCUCUAAAUGAGACAUGACAAAACGUACAUCACUACUAUCAGCCAAAAAAGGAAACAUAAUAAAAACGACCCUUUUUCCUGUACAAGGGAAGCCUGUCUUGCUGUGUGUGUUGCUUGACUAUCCCAAUUCUUGAGUCCUGGGCGGGGUCUGGGAGUUGGGACCUUAGCACAUCUGGGGAAAGGAGAGGAAUGGAGAGAGAUCAGGGUCUUAUGGCUGAGAGGUAGAGCUUGGAGAGAAAAGCAAGGUCCUGACACCUCCCCACCCCCACCCCCGCAUUCGCCCAUUGCAUGCCUCACACCUCCCUAGGCCGGUGCUUACAGGCCCACGAAACCCCUUCCUCACCAGUUCAGCUGGCAGAGCCCCCAGGGAUGAUAUCAGCCAGCCCAGUUGGGCUGGCCUUACUUCUGCCUUUUUCACCAGUCUGUGAAAAAAAUCUAACCCAGUGCCCCCCAAGCUCAGGCGUGCACGAUGCCCAGCAGCCUCCACUCUGCUAGCUAUGCUGGGCCUUGCCCUCCAUCACCCCACAGAUAAGCCAGCGCACUAGGGCUGGUCUCCUUCACAUUUGUGCAGGGAUGAGGGGCCCCCCUCCGCUGCCCUCACCCUGCCCUGCUUUGGGGACAUCCCUCUCUAGGCCGUGUCUCCCGAUCCAGAAACACUCUCAGGAGGAUUCUGAAGUGCCCACUCUAGUCUGCUCCAGUAGCUCCACUCUGGAGAGAAAUGGCUGGUAGGUCAGUCCCCAUCCUCCCCCGGUCCCCAGCCUCCAGGCCUGAUAUGGAGGUGAGAUUGCCAUGGAUUACGACUUUGUGACUUGAGUCCUGGGCAUCUUCUGUAGCGAUGCCUCUUUCUUUUCUCAGAUGUUGCCCAAAGUUUUGCAAAAAGCUUCGUUCAUUUUCAGGUACCCCCACCCCCUAAAGAAUUGGCUGCAACUAGCCAGCCAGGGGGACAGCAGGAGAGAAGAGGAAGUCGGGAUUGGGAGGGGCCCAAGGUUUGCACAGAGUCUGCAUUGUGGCUUAGCUCUAUGCUUUCUUGGAUUCCCUUUUUAAGAUUACCAAGAUUUCCUCCAUUAAACGCUGCUGAGGCACCCCCUGCCCUUGUCCCCCACGACUGUUUGCUGUACAUAGAGGCUAAGGGGGGUGGGGUCGGGUGGGGUGGGUGUGCACUUGUGGUGUGUGUGUGAAGAAUGUAUAUAGGUAAAGGGGAGCGGGGUCCAGUGGUUCCAGAAAAGGGACAGAACUCCUGUGUUCCAUUCCCAGCUCGGCCGCUGGCUCGCUGUGUGGCCUUGGGCAAGUCACUUAACCUCUCUGUGCCUCAGUUUCCCCAUCUGUAAAAUGGGGAUAAUAAUACUGACCUACCUCACAGGGGUGUUGUGAGGCUUUAACUAAAUGUGUAAAGUGUUUUGAGAUACAGAGGCAAAGGCACUAGGGAAGGGCGAAGUGUUAUUUGGACUUACGGAAGAUGAAAUGGUACCAUAAAUGCUGCUAUUCUGAGAGCCAUUUUAAACUGCACUGCUCCAACCACUCCCGCUUCUCAUCACCAGGACAGCAGGUCGAGAAAAUAUCUUUCCUUUCACUUGCUUCUGGGGUUUGUGAUUAUUCUAAACACUUAAUUUUUUUCCCUUGCUGUAUCUCCUUCCCUCACCGCCUCAACUUGUUCCCUGUUCCGUUUAUGCGGAAAUGGCAGAGAUGCUUGAGAAAUGAGAAUGUGUAAGUGGGUUGGAAGUUUAUAGUCUGAAAUUUCAAUUUUACUUUGUACUGUACAUCUUUUUACUUUAGAAUUUGCAAUAAAGGGUUACGUCAAUCUUGUUUUCAACUCUC